CGAUCCAGCUAUCAUUCCUGAACCUGAAGAUGGAGGUGUUGGAGCUGGCGUCAGCGCAGAUCCUGCUGGUGGAGAAGGUCAAGAUCAUGUGGAUCCUCCUCCCGAACAUAAAGAUGGCUGCUGCGGACAACACUGCUGAGAGUCUACUAAAAAAAUCCGGAAACUCAAAUUUUCUUUCUUCUACGAGAACCGGAAGAUUUAUGGUUACUUAUGUAUUUGUAUAAGGCAAUGCGAAUUGUUUAUUUUAUAAUACUGUUUGUAUGAUCCACGAUCAGGAACAUCAACAGAAGGCGUCGCAAUGAUAUUCGGAGUCAACUACAACUAACGCAACAAGUGUAAGGGUUCGCGUUAGGAUGAUAGAAAUUCGAAGUCUAACUAAAUUCAUAUUAUCUCCAGUGAAAUUAAUGGUAAUUGAUGACCGUGAGCUUGACAAAAAAAUCACAACAUCGUCCGACUACUUAAUAAACAGAGUUUGAAAGUACGAAAAUAAUCACCUGCUAAUGUGGGGUUAUGAUGCAAAUUAUCAGACAAUCGUGAAAACUAAAACAGGCAAGCAAUGAUACAUACGCGUGAAAAUAAGAAUGCAUGAUCUAGAGCAUUCAACAACGCAAAGGCAAUUCAACAAAUAGUAACGACAUGGAUAACAUCAUCAACGACAAAAACUAACAUGGUUAAAGCUAAAUGUCUAUGGGAAAUUUUUUUCGGGAAAGCGAUCGUCGAUCAUAGAGAAUGAAGUUGGCGGUGCCAACGCACGUACAAAAUAAAGUUGUCCAUUUUUGUUCACAACGACCCAUUUGACAUCCUGACAAGGGCUGGCACGACGCACAGUACGACUCAAUACACAGUGAGAAGAUGCGCCACGAGGGAAGUGCUGCUGCUGAGUGUACACUGUAAGUGAGACUGAGAAGAUGCGCCACGAGGGCUGUGCUGCUGCUAAGUGUACACUGUAAUUCGACGUCGUAAACAUUUUGCAGCGGUAGUAGCUAGAUGAACACCUGCUACGCGAGGAUCAGACGUCGCGCCUCUUCUUCCACGAUCAAGAAAGAUGCUUCGCAAACUGCGUGGGAAUAAAACGACAAACUGGAGUGGUGGGAGUACUAAGGAGCUUUUUCUUCUUGGCGAAGAUUUCAAGACAAGGAAGUUUGAUCUGCGUAUCUCCUGCGCCAAAAUCGCUACACCCGAGAGCGACUUCACACCGCUGAAUGGCUUCUCGAGAAAUUUGACGCUGCUGCAUGCUUGGCCACAACACGACUUACGUCUUUUUGUGAAUGGGACGGAGCACAUCUUACGACCAUGGCAAAGCUUCGAGUUUUUAGGUUCAGAUGUGGUAAAGAGCCUAGGCAAAGCUGAAGACUUCAACGUCAUCUACGAUGCCAACAAGGUCACAGACGUGAGAGUGGAGGCCUUUACGGUCACGAGUGGGAGGAUGAAGAACAUCCGUCCGUCGAUUUCGUCAGCUUCAUCUUCAAGCAUUAAUACUACAGGUGGCGGUACUAGUCCUCCUUGGGUUCGCACAAGCUUUGUGCAUUGGCCUGAUAUUCAAAUGGUAGGAGUCCGAGUUCAACAAGGGCAAGAAGAACGUAAAAAGAAGAAACAAGAAACAUUUAUUCACGUAGUUUCGCCAACAACGAAGUUAGAAAUGCGACCAGGGGAGAGUUUUAUGCUUGAUUCAAGUGAUCUUGAUAAAGUCCAGAUAGAAACAGCAUCCUCGACUCCUGACGACAGGUCUUUUGAACAAGAUGGUGAUCAUGUGCGCUGGAUCCUAGUGGAAUUCACUGCCCCCAUUAAAAGUAUAAGUACCUCCCAAUCGCAUUCAAAAAUGUAGCUCGUGAUUUGCAUUUGAAUGCUGCAAUUUUCUGAGAAAUGAAUCUGUUGCCUG